GAAGGCAGCAGAGGGGGUAGAGGUGGAUCCCACGCAUGGCACAGAGGGAGCGGAGACGUCGCCGUCCAUCUGUGGCGGAGUACGGCGUGGCGCCAGAGACGUCGGCAGCGGGAACCGGUCUACUUUCCGGCCGUUCAGGGACCGAGAGAGAGAGAGAGAUCGGGCCCAGAUGACAAGAUCCUUGGUGUGGGAGUGCCCACAAGGAGAGCCAUCAUCAUCUCCUCCUCGAGCUUGGACAGGUGAUGGAAAAGCCAAUUAUCAUGUGAAAUGUGGGUUUGGUGAUCAGGGUGCUGGAGAAAGAGGGAGAUGGAAUCCCACCAUUCUUCCAUCUUUUAGGGAUGUCGAAAAGAACUAUGCUUGUUCCCAGCAACUGUACAGGACUAAAAGGGGUGGGGGGGGAGAGGCAGGAAGGCAGAGAGAGAGAGAGAGAGAUCAUAGCUCCUGGUUGGAAGGGAAAAGGCCACCCCUUGGCCCAAACAGGUUGUGCGGCAUUCGAGGGCCGAACGCAACGCAAGAAGGUCCAGAAAAGAUGGAAAAGUUGGAGAUGGAGGCCUCCAGAAACCGGGUACCACAGCUUAGCAGAAGGAGAGAGCAAGAGGCCAGCGUCCUUGCACAGGAGAAGACCGCCUGUGUGCCAUCCACACCACCGUCCCAGAACUGGUUUGCACCCUGGAAUUUUCUUCAGAUCCCCAAGGACACUGGAAUGAGAAAGGAUGUGUCCUCCCUUCCUUCUCUCUCUCUCUCUCUCUCUCCCCCCCCCUUUUGUUUUCACGCUUCCACCCUCUCCCUUUUCUUGCGAGUCUGGCUUUUUAAACUUUUCAGGGGGAGGGGAGCCUCCAUGGUCGCUGGGAGAGAGAGAAUUUACACCCACCCAGCCAGGGGAGUUUGUGAGAGCAGAAGCAGUCCCUCCUUUCCAAAGGCCACAGGGCGGGCAUCUUGCGCGUGGCACCCUCAGGAACGGCUGGCCUUCACGUGGCGCUUUCACGGCGAGAAGGAAAGGGUCCCUGACGGAGGGAGCCGUGAGCCUGCCUUCCUCUGUUUCAGGGUGGGUGCUCCAAAAAAAAUCCCAGUGCCUUCCUAGCACAGUUUGAAGGGAGAUGCCAUCGCGGUCCACCUCUUUCUCAUCCGCUGGAAGACGCAGCAGCCAAGGCCUCGCCGACCCGUCCACACCUUGGACAGGGGCUCCCAGGAACCUAAAAGAGGGUUUGUUUUGUGGAAAUGAAGCCUCUCCUCCCCCCCCCAGCGCAGAAUGGCUUGUGGGGCAGCUGAAGAGGCACAUCUGGGUGGGGAUGACGUCUAGCAGGUUGGACAGGCGGGGAGGAUUGGCUUGCUUGCUGUAACAGCCUGUAGCGCUCAGGACCCUCUCCAAGGUGGGCUAGACUACAACUCCCAUAAUCCCCCUGACCGGCUUAUUGGGGGGAGUGUAAUCCAAGUGCCGCUGGCGGGUGGCCAGGUGAGGGAAGAUCCCGGCAAAUCUGGCUUCCAAGGCGAAAGGUGGUGGCCGACAACUGGAAAUCCCAAAGAAGGGGUGGGGAUGGGAGUUGGAAAGGAUUAUCCAUGGUGGCCGUUUUCUUUUAGCUUUAAAAAAAGGGGGUGGUGGUUAUGAGACUGGAGAAAGGGGGGGGACUUUUUGUUUUUGAAAAAGAACUAUCCUAAGAAAAGUGCACAGCAUGUUCCCAAAUGUGUCCCCCCCCCCAAUUGUUAAAGAGUUGGACAAGAAAAUGCAUGAGUGCCUCCCUCAACUCCCUUCUGGUCCAAAAGCUCCUCCUUUGCUCUCCUCUCCUCCUAGAUCAUGGGGACCCCUUCCCCUGUUCCUCCCGUGCGCAGCCUCACCUGACGUGGGGUGGAUCUCUCCCCGGGCAUCCCCCCCCUCGCCUAAAAUUAGGGCCUGGCUUUCAGUGAUCGUCAAAGCCACCAGGGCAGACGAACGGUGCGGGCCUUCCCGUAAUGCGUAAGGCGCAAAAGAUAUGGGGGGGAACCCUAGCUUUCAAGAGCGUCGGGUAGAUGUUUCGAUGAC